UGGCGUUCGGGCACCCAGUUGAUCUUCGUAUUGUUAUUGUCGUUAAUGUCGUCGUGAAUUAAAACUACACAGUUAUAUUUUCAACUUUGACAUUUCGUAAUCGACUCCGCUUCCGAGAAUGCAGUCGCGCUAGUUUCUCAGCAAGUGACGAUAAUCAAUGCCAAAAGUCACGCUGCACUAUCUAAUCGCUAACUCUCCACGAGAUACAAAAUCCGUAAUUGCAGUUGCGUCCGUGUCACUCGGUUAGGCGCGUCGACUGAUUCGAACUCUCUCGCCAUGUCGCGGUUUCUUCUGCUCUUUCCGCAAAUCGUUAUCCUGUUUCUUUCGGCAAGGGCCUCGUCGGAGGUGAAGAAGCCGACCUGCCAGGAUGACAAUGUUUACAAAGUUUGCCACUACAGGGGGGUCCUCAUCGAAGUUACGCAAAGCCGUUUCCCCUGGGUCGUGAACCGAUUGGUAAUCGACUGGGGCCUGGGCCUUUCGGAGAUUCGAGAGAACGCCUUCAAGAACGUGACGGUGUUAUACUUGGAUCUAAGUUUUAACCGGAUAUCCGUGCUGAAGAGGGAAUCCUUCCGCGGUUUGCCCAACUUGGAGAGUCUCUCCUUGGACGGCAACGUGGUACCGUUAUCGGGAUACUUGUUCGCGGAUUUGAGACACCUGACGCGGCUGAGUUUGAAUUCCAACAGGAUCAAUUCGAUACCGAAGGACUCGUUCGCCGGGCUGUCAAGCUUGAAAUAUCUCGACCUGCAACGCAACAAAAUCGAAGCGAUCGAGGCGGAAUCCUUCUCGAAUCUUAAUCCCGGACUGCUGGAGCUUAACUUCAAACAGAAUAAAAUCUUCCGCGUCGCGCCGGAUUCCUUCGCCGGGUUAACCGGACUGCAUUACCUCUACUUGGACGACAAUCGGUUAGAGGACUUGCCGAGCGGUGCCUUUCGAGGAUUGAACGAGCUGAAUGAUCUUUACUUAAGUGAUAAUUGGAUAACAAGCGUCUCCAGGUCGCUCCUCCGCGACUUGGUCGGUCUGAAGAGACUCUAUCUUCAGCAGAACGAGAUCAGCGCUCUCGAGCCGGAUACGUUCAGGGACCUAUCUCAACUGGAAGAACUGGACCUGAGCGGAAACAAACUGUCUCACAUUGUAGUCGGCACUUUUGCCGGGCUCUCCAAUCUGGAAGACAUCAGGCUGUCGGACAAUGGCAUCCACACGGUGGACAAUGGCACUUUCGCUGAUCUUGUCAGACUGCGAUAUCUUUACUUCCGUUGCAACAACUUCACUGAAAUCUACACAGAAGUCAGCGGUUUCCCAAAUGUCAUAGUUUAUUCAUAAAGUCUUAAAUAUCUGUUUAUAUCUCACAAAAGGACAAAACCUUGACCGCUUGAAUUUUGCAAAAUUUUUAGUAUGUUUUACAGUACACUUCAUUCCUUAACACAAGGUACCAGUAACGGACCAAUGCGCAAUAGUUUAUUCAAUAUUAAUGUUGAAAAUGUUUUUUUCGAUAUUAAUAAUAAAUAAACCAUGCUUAUGCAAA